GUCAGAUCAUUGAGCUUUGAUCCUGGUGACUUCAAGCAGGAAGUCAAGAAAUCUUUCUCCGCAGUCUCUGUGAGGAGCGGAUCCUUGUUGCUUGGUAGAAAGUCUAUUUAAUAGAAGGGAAAGAUGACACCGGAUCAGAGCCAACACUGACAGGUUCAAGUGGCUCCAAGGGCUUCUUGCCAAUUUGAAGUUUUUACUUUCCAAAAAAGACGGACGUAGUUUUAAAAUGUUUGGAAACAGCGGCCCUUUCUCGUAUUCCCCAAGGGGUUUCUCACCAGAGGACCUCCCUCAGCAGAGGCAAGCUUUCCAACAAGAUAACCCCAAGGGUGCUCCACUGCAGAGAAACAACAUCUCAAGGCCCAGUGGAAAAUCAAUAUACAUGCAGAGAAAGGAGUACUCCGAGGUGCUGAACAAACAUCCUGACAACUUUCAAGUCAGAGUGGAGCACCUGUUCACCUGUGAGCUGGACGGCCAGGAGGUGAAGACGCUGGACGACUGUUUGGCCAAGCUCAAGAGGCUGGAUGCCAAAGGUCGUCUGUGGCCUCAGGAGAUGAUCAUGGAGGUUCACGGGGGAUAUCUCCUGCUCAGUGACAUUGAGACCAAGUCAGAGCUGGAGUCGCUGCCUUUGAGCUGCAUCAUGCAAACCAAAGCUGUGCUGGAUAGCUGCGCCUACAACUCUCUGCUCACAGUCUCUGUGCAACAACGCAACAAACACAUCCCCCAGGUCUUCAUAUUCCAGUGUGAGGAGACUGGGGCGGAGCUCGUCAAGAGGGAUCUGGAUAAGGUAGUCCAAAAAGGAGGUGAUGUUGUGGAACCACGCAGAGACCAUUCUGACAUCAGGACUAAUCUUGAGAAUAUCAUCGGGCAACACGUGCCAGGAGGUUUCUGGCAAGCUGGGCCUCGUUCUGGGCAGCAAGAGAGGACCCCAUCACCACCACCACCACCACCACCGGACCACCCGCCCCCUCAGUGGAGGAUCAGAGAACCAGAAAAUAUGCCGCCUCCACGAUUUGACGCCCCACGAGAUGCAGCGAUGCAUCAUCUUGAUCGUCAUGAAUUGCAUAUUAGCCCAGAGGUCGCUGUGCAAACGGACACAGAGAGGAACACAGACAUUUUAAACCACAUUAUAAGUGAUUUGGAGAUCUUCAUGGACAAAGUGUCUGCUGCAGCAAAUGCACCUUCUUUACCGCAAGAGGAGAAGAACAAAAAGAACCCAUUUAAGAAGAAAAAAUCAAAGAAAAAUGUACCCACUUUCAGUCUGCCACCCUGGGAGGAAUAUAUCUCCUAUCUUCAGAAAGUCAAGUAUGGAUUCAAUCUUCUGGGCCAGCUGGACGGGACACUAGCCAGCCCUACUGCUCCUGACUUUGUCCACAUCUUCUUCACUAGUUUAGGCGCGAUACUGCCUCGGUAUCCUGCAGACCUUCCUCCUACUGUUCUCUCACCGCUGCUGACGGAGGCGGCCCUGCAGCUGCUGAGUCAGGUCGUCGACCCGAAGGAAGAUCUCCUGUGGAGGUCUCUGGGAGACAGCUGGAACUCCCCCAGAUCUAGAUGGCCGGACGAUGAUGUCCCACUUUACAUCCCAGAGUUCUACGAUGGCUGGCAGCCGCCUGCCCCCUCACGCAUGCCUUCCUCGCUCCCUUAUCAGAACGGUCCGUUGAGCAGGAGCAGCAGCCAGCGGUUCCCACCCGGCCCUCGUGAGCCAGCUCUUCACAUGCGGGUCAUUUACAACUUCAUGGCCAGGAACAACCGAGAGUUGAGCAUUAUGAAGGGUGAUGUUGUUCAGGUGGUUCAGAAAUCCAAGCAAUGGUGGGUUGUUCGCAACGCCCGCGACGAGGAAGGCCACGUUCCUCAGAAUGUUCUGGAGCCGAUGAAGAACGAGGGGCCCAUGGAAGACCUACCGCGGGACACUCGCGGUCCUGUGACUCUGGAUAUGACGUCCCCACCCACAGAGGUCAAAGCCUGGCUGGAGUACAAAGGUUUCUCCAAAAUCACUGCGACCAGCCUCGGGGUGCUGAAUGGUAAACUGCUUCUGGGGAUGAGCAAGGAUGAUAUUAGGACGGUGUGUCCCGAGGAAGGAGGCAAGGUCUUCUUCCAGCUGCAGGCCAUUAAAUCAGCCAUUGCACUCGCCAGUGAACCAUCAGGCCUGUACAACGGCCACUACUAACGAACCAGAUGCUUCAGUUGGUUUUCUCCUGACUUCAUCCACAGAACAACUGGAAUUAUUGUGUCUAAUUCAUCAUUUAGUCAUACAUUCUCUGCUUUUAGCAAUUGUUAUUUAAGGGAAAGCACUUUUACUAAAUGAAACUUGUAUAGUUUAUCACCAGCAGCAAUAAUUGAGUUACUCAAAUCAAUUACGGCAAUUUACUUAUAAUGUACUUUGUUAUUUCAAGUAAAUUUAGCAGUUUUCCUAACUGAGUAAACCAAAAUAUUCAUGUAGACAUUUGCUCAAUUCAACACCGUCCAUGUUUCUUCUUUAGCAGCUGCAUGUAACAAAGUUAUACUGUAAAUAUACAGUGCAUUCACGGGUAACUUAGGUAUUUUUCAACCGUGCCUUUAUGUUCCCAUGUUGUGUGUAAGUAACCAAUGGGACCAUUUUUUUUUAAAAUAACUGGUCCUGUAUUGAAGGAUAACAGUAACCGACAGCCGCUAAAAAAGAGCAAUGAGAGGGCAAUUGUUCAGCGUCAGUGUUACGCGAGGUCCACUAACAGUGCUUGUUUUUGCAACGGACAGGCUCAGAUUAUUAGAAAUGUUUAAAAAAAAACAAAAAGAUGUUCCCUUGCUUUUCUUGGUCUGGUCUGUUUAUUAUUGUGUCCAAGUCUAAGGAUUGUCACCUUGUUUUCGUCGUUGUCUUCUGGCAACACGUCACCAUGUGAGAUUUCAGAACAGGACUACUCCUUGAGUGAGACCCUUUCUAUAAUGUUGUCACACUUUAUAACAAUCAGAACGCGUCAAUGGCAAACUAAAGCACUUUUAGUGGAGAACAGCUUGCUCGGAUAGGAUUACAUUGCAGCAUGCGAGAGGCUGCUCUCUGCAGUGCUCUUCCUCAAUACUCGACCAAUUCUAAAAAUGAGUUGUGGGAAACUACGUCCAGGUUAAAAAUGAUCAAAAUUAUGUUUAACUUGUACCCUAUGUUAUAUCUUAAUUUAUAUGUUAUAAAUUGAUGCUUCGAUGCUGUGAAUGCUGCUAUGAAGGUGAAGUUAAAAUGAAUCACAAAAUGAAAGAAAGUCAAACAUUUCACUUUAAUCCAACAAAAACAAAUUCUAUCACAUUGUGACUAGUAAAUUAAGUGCUUUAACUCAAAUUAAACUUUGGUUUCUUUUUACACAAUUCUGAUUCAACUGAAAAUGGUUCUCAUAACAGGAACGUUAAUGUUUGGGAAAGUGUAAAACCUGAUUAAAGGACUUGAAACCUGCA